GCGCAGUAGCUAAUGUUUAUAAGAGGAAAUGUAUUAUCAAACACAAAAUAAAUAAAAAAGAGUGCUACAUUUCUGUUAUUCGUUUUUUUUCUCUCGUAAACUUAACAAUUCACGGUCUCUAUAAAUACCGACGAGUUUCAAUUUGAACUUUUUCCUAUUCCUUUCUUAAUAUAGAAUUAAGAGACAAAAGUUUAAAAAAAAAGAGAAAUAAAAAAGGUGAGAAAACAUCAGACACGGACAUGACGUCAAUAUAUGCGACCACCAACCAGCCAUAGUGAAAACAUCAGCACGUUUACGGAUAUAUACUUUGUUGUAUAUUCCGUUUAUCAACUUAUUAUAAAUAAGUUAUAUCAAAUAUGGAGUCUUUGAGGGAACAAGUAAUGAUAAAUCAGUUUGUACUAGCUGCUGGCUGUGCUAGAGACCAAGCAAAACAACUCUUGCAAGCGGCUCAUUGGCAAUUUGAGACGGCGCUAAGCAUUUUUUUUCAAGAAGCAACAGUGCCUACUUGCCACCAUACUCAAAAUAGUCGGUUUAAUUCUGUAAAUAUGAUAACUCCUGCAAAUACACCUGCCACUCCACCAAACUUUCCAGACACUUUGAUGGCUUUUUCCAAACUAUCUGCAAACGACAAAGUACCUGGAACCUCCCCUGGACCGUUUACUUAUUCCAACUCCCCUCCUCUUAACAAUAACAGUAAUAUGCAACAUCAGAGUGCAACCAUGGCUGCCUCUGGUCCUCCUCGCUCACAACGAUAAAGUGAUCACACGCUCACUUUAAAACUGAACUCCUACUUUGUCUUUGUGCUUAUCCUCCUACAGGAAAGAGCAAUCGCUGUUGGUAUGGCAACGGAAUGUAGUUGAUAAAAGGUUUUGCUGGAUGCGCCUUCUAACAGGAGGCACCCGAACAAAAUAUAAGGUCACACGUGGAAUGUGUGUGCUUCAUCCUGUAUCAAUGUAUAUCGUAGGAACUGUGUACCAUUUUCGCCCCAUCCUUUACUGUGUGUGUUUUUUGUGAUAAUCUUUAACUCUUUACCUCAGUCCUUCACGAUUUCCAUUUUCAAGGGGCCUAGUCAACUAUUCAGUCAAAACAAAAAAAGAAGAAAGAAAGAAGUAUUUUCUUUCAACGUCAUAAAAACAAACUGGAUUUUUAUCUUUGUCGUUAGUCAUCAAACUUUAACAUUUGUCACAUAAAAAAUUGGAAGAAGCACGUGUUAAGUGAUGCUAAUGAUGUUGGGUUUUGUUUUUUUCUUCUUCAGUACAAAUCUGAGGAGCUUUUCUUAUAUCAGUAGUAAUUCAGAUGGUUGUGAAAAAGUUAAGCAAGAAUAUUGAAAGAUGUAUUUAUUUUUCUGGAACUUACUUUGAUCAGAAUGGAGAUCCUACACUGUAAAAUUAUUUGUUUUAUUUUUCUCGCAUUCGUUUUGUAGUGCUUAUUUUAAACAAAAGAAGAACUGAAAAGUUGUGAGGAAGAUCUUUCAUUUUUUAGCAGCUCAUUGAAAAGAAUGCCUAUAAAUAUAUAUUUAUAUAUAUAUGAUGUGGACAUUUAAAACAUUUUUCGAAUGUGUGUUUGAAUAAAGCACGUUUGUUAAGUCUA